UCAGUGCCUCUGGAAGGUUAGGUGAAGAGCAGAGGAACUUGCUAGACCUCUCGUACUCCUGUGCCACGACCCUGCAGCAUAUCAGAAAAAAUAAAGAAUGAAUGAUCUGGAGGAUCCUACAGUCUUGUGAAAACUAGCAGACGCGGUUGCUGGCUGCAGGGUGGAGUUAAAACCACAAUUCCAUUUACAGGAUGAUGUGGGAUUAAUGUGAGUCAGCAAACUGCAUUGACAUUCCCUGGUUUUGUUUCAUCUGGAGAAGGGCAAAUUACAAAUGUGGAGCUGCAUUUUCCAGGUAUUUUGACAUUCUCAUGUUCACCAGCGACUGGAGUUUGUUGAUGAACAGGUUGGGCACUCGACACAGGACAUUGGAUUAUAUUGAAGCUUGGGCCAUGUUCAAUGUGUCUUAAUUAAGGGAGCACUAUGAGCUGUCAAGCAAGCCAUAAAUUGUUCAAUGACUGUUAAAAUACUUAUUUAGUUAGAAAAUGCUUAGCGGUUUUGUAUUUUUCCGGGACUGAAGUUAUUGCUUCCAGAAAACCUUCCGAUGUGGAAACUAUUUGAAGUUCCUGUUGGGCUUUAGUUUGUGUGCGUUACUCAUUCUGUUUGUGGCUGAGCACACCCAGGAGGCUUUUUGUUUCAGUAGCAGAUAAGCCUUGGGACCAGGUAAAGCAACCGACUGUGCCACUCGACUAUCGUGAUGGAUGACCUGUCUGGUUUGGAGGCAGUUGUGCAGAGUAAGAAAAAGUCAAAAUCGGGCUCUUUCCGGAGGGCACUUAGCUGGCUGAGAAUAUCAGGACGCAAGAAAAAGAAAUCCAAGAGCGAAGGGGACAAACCGACGUCUGAGCAGAGAAAAGAUUCACAAAGUUCAGCUGUCUCUAAAUUGGAUGAAGAGGGUAAAUGGGCUGUUCACUACAAACCUGCACAGUACGAGCAUCAACAGGAAAAUAUAUUCCUCCCAUCCACCCGACCACAACAUAUAGAAGAUCUGCACAAAGAAGCUGAAAUUGGCCUCAAAUCCCUUCAGGAACAAGGAAACUUGGAUGGAUAUUCACAGCACCACCUCGGAAAUGGCUAUGAUUGCGAAGAUGAUUGCAGUCAGCAUAGUGAAGAUGCCUCUCUCAGUGAGAGGUCAGAGUCAUGUGCACCUAGUGAUGAAGUUUGGGCCAAAACCAGGUCACUUCCACCACCAACUCCGAAUGAGAUCCGGAAGGAUUUGCUGUCAUCUCGAUCAGGAGCGAUCGCAACUGGAACAACCUUUAAACCUCAGCAACAUCAGAAGAUCCAGUCGUCUUUUAAAGGUCCCAAACUGAAAGAGAAGAGAGUUCGGAGGACAACGAUAAUGGGACUUCCACAGCAUGUUCAGCAAGAACUAGGGAUUGGAAAAGCUUCCCAUCUCUCAAACAGCAGUGUGAAAGUGCCUGCUGCAGACAGUGCUGGUGUUGCCUCAGCAUCCAGAGGAGAUGGAAAUCAUUGCGUCAGCAACAUGUCACACUGUAGAGCAAGGGGCUCUUUGCGGUCUGUAAAUUUUACUGAUUCAUUACAGGGAGGGAAUGAAUCUAUAAGCACUUUAGAAAUUAAUGACCAGCUGAACUGGGGACUGAUCAAUUUUUCCCAAAGACCAAAAUCAUUAGCCAUUCCAAAAUCAUCCAUACCGAGUGAACUUCUUCAAAGUCCAGUUAUGUCCAUGUCUCCUCAGGCCACUUACUUAUCCAAGAUCAUUCCGAAUGCAAUACUGCCUGCUGCAGUGGAUGUUGUGACGAUCAACACCAGUCAGAAUGGUGUGCGUACCCUCAGCAGGAACAGUUUAGUAUGUGCACCUUCUCCUGCCUGCUCCCGCUCCAUCUCCCUGCAGAAUUACGAUGGCCAGAAUUAUGCUUCAAGUGAUGCAUGGAGUCAUUCUCAGUCUUCUGAAACUAUAGUAUCAAACAACUCCACUAUUUCAUCACACGGAAAUACCCAGCAUAAUGACUUUAUGGAAAAAGACAGAGAGAGAUUGAGAGACCAACAUAAUGUAACAAAUUCUGCUCCUGAUCCUCAUGCAAACACAAGUAGGUGGGUUAAUGCCUGUUCUGCACAGAAUGUUCCAGCAAUCACUGAGGAUCCACCUGCACACAAUACCUCGAACUAUCAAACUCGUGAACUGAAAAGCAAUGGUUAUGCCAAUCAAGCACUCUCUCCUGCACAAAGCAGCAGUAGCAUUAUUGAUGCAUCAGAUACACAGAGUGUGACAAGUGAGCGGUCAAUCUCCAGAAGCUUGUCGGUCAAGAAAAUGAAGAAGCCACCAGCUCCUCCAAAAAGAAUUAAUUCCUUACAGCAAGCUGAGGAACAGAACUCUGAAUUCAAAGAGCAAAAUUGCGCAUCGCCUGGGGUAGAUGAUGUGUUUUCCCCUUCACUUGGUGAAAGGAAUAACAUUCCACUUGAAUCUUGUGUGGGUUCCCCUGUUGCUGCUGUAACCCCUCUUCCCAAUCACAGACCGGUGACUGCUGAAGAUGGAACAAGAGAAAUGACAAAGGGAAACACCCUUCAGUCAACAAAUAACUCUCCUCCACAAAACCCAACCUCACCCAACAGAUCUGAGCAAGCCAUGUCUCCAUCCAGUGGAUACUCAAGUCAGAGUGGAACUCCCACUUUGAUGAGAAAUCUCGGAUCUCCUAUUGGAGGAUCUGAAAAGUCGAAUUCCCUUGUUUCUCCAGGAAGGUCACACUCCUCAUCUUUAGCAUCGAUCUCAUCCUCCAUAUCGGAGCAUAUUGAUCUAUUUUCAAUCCCCCCUCCACCAUCAUCACCUGCUCCACCCCCACCCACUGUGAAAAUUGCAAAAUUACCUGCAUCACUGUUGUACGCUUGGGGACCGGGAGCAAUCCCCCCACCUCCAGCAGGACCAGCUCCAUUGCCACCCACAAAAAAAACAUCCUUCCUUUUUCCUGCACCCACUGCAGCCCCACCCUCGCCGGCCACUCCGGCCACUGCAGCCCCGCCGGCCACUCCGGCCACUGCAGCCCUACCCCCGCCGGCCACUGCACCCCCACCGGCCACUCCGGCCACUGCAGCCCUACCCCCGCCGGCCACUGCACCCCCGCCGGCCACUCCGGCCACUGCAGCCCUACCCCCGCCGGCCACUGCACCCCCGCCGGCCACUGCACCCCCGCUGGCCACUCCGGCCACUGCAGCCCUACCCCCGCCGGCCACUGCAGCCCUACCCACGCCGGCCACUGCGGCCCUACCCACGCCGGCCACUGUGGCCCCACCCACGCCGGCCACUGCAGCCACUGUGGCCCCGCCCCCGCCAGCCACUGCGGCCCCGCCCCCGCCGGCCACUGCAGCCCCGCCAGCUACUGCGGCCGCACCUCAGCCGGCCGCUGUGGCCACGCCCCCGCCGGCCACUACGGCCGCUGGAAAUUUAACUGUUGCUGUUCUGCCUUCAGCCUCAGCACCCAUAGCCUCACAUGUUUCAUCUACCUCUGUGUCCACACCCGUCACAUUGGCUCCUCCUGAAGAGCAGGAAAUGAUUCCACUCACAGUGAAAGGCCUGUCACCACCACCUUCACCACCUCCAGCCCAUCAUCCACCACCACCAAAGAAAACAACAAUAACAGAAACGUUAUCUCCUCCAUCUUCCUCAACUCUUUCAGAACCCAAGAAACAGGAGCAAUCGAUGCCCGAUUGGCCACCACCUCCACCUCCUUUGUCCCCAUCUGUCUUUAUACCUUCAGCAGAAACAUCAUCUUCAUGUGACAACGACAGUGUCACGCAUUCAGAUCAGCCAGAUGCUGAAUUCCUGUUUCCACCCCCACCACCACCUUCUCUACUGGCAGAUACGGCACAAGAAAGGAGACCUUCUACUGAGGAUUUACAGUCAGUGGCUCCACCCCCUCCCCCUCAUCUAACCCCCGAGGUGCCAUUGAAGAGUACGGUCAAAGGGCAUCCUGUAGCAGCAGCAUUCUCACCACCUUCCCUUCCAUCAUCACAGCCUGCAGAAACCCAAAUGGCAUCUGUCCCUAAAUCCUCAACUUCACCUGCAGCCACGUCUGCAUCAAAUAAUUUUCAGCAGAAGCUACUUGCCUCAGGACUCCGACCUGCAGCGAAAGCAGAUUCUCAGCCUUCAAAAGUAAUGACUCAAACACCUAAGGUGUCCAGUCGGGAUUCUGAGAAAGAAUUAACUAUUCUGUCUUCCCCUAAUCAAGAUGGUGGUGGUCAGGGUGGUAAACCAAUUGUCACCCCCUCUCUGUUACAGAUGGUGCGAUUACGUUCUGUGCAGAUGACCACUUACACACCUGGGGAGGUGGACAGCCAGCAACAAAUCAACAAAAACCAACGCGAUUCGAAACCACCCACCAAAAGUAAUGUGACCGCGCCCAGCAAACCUGCUCGUAAGUCCCUGACACUCCGUUUAUCAUCCUCCUCUGACUCAGAAUCAUCUUUAAAACCCAACAAUUCUCUCUCUGUAAAGAAACCCACAACAUUAACCACUAAUGUUCAGGGACAGACGACCCUUAGACCAGCCGAUGAUGGUGCUCUGCACAAAUCCCCUGCCUCCACAGCCAGCUUCAUUUUUUCAAAAAACGUAAGUCCCAAGAAGCUGGUGUUUGAUACCCCUCAAUCGCCUGAGGCCCAGGCAGAAGCAAAGAAGAACUUCAUGGCUGAGCUCAGCUCUGUGUCUGGACAAAUAGCUUCAAAGUCUGAAUCUAAAAGGUCGUCAAAUCCACAGAGUAAAACUGAUUCCGAAACACUUUCUGCACAGAAAAAGCCCAGCAGAAUUCCACCACCUGUCGCCAAAAAGCCUUUGUUUUUGCCGAACGCUCACAGACUGCUCUCCACGUCAACUGAUGUGAGGCAACUUCCACAAGCACAGGAGAAGUCUGACGGCCUUGAAGCUACCAGUGAUGCCAAGGAUGAGAAAGGGAAACUGGAGACAGGAAAUGGACAGCUGGCUCUGCAUCAGGGUAACUGAAGAAUUUGGGCAUCAAUCCUCAGGGACUUGCUGAGUUAGAGGUCAAAUGUACCCAUCUUGGAAGACAAAAUCCAAAAUAAACAAUGCUUAAGAAAAAUCUUUCUGCUGAAAAAAUAAUGGCCUUGAUAAUGCAAAAAAAAGUCUACAUUUGCCUGUGGCACUGCACCAUUUACUUUGUACUGUGACUGAAAGACUGUACUAAUAUUACAGUCUGAGAUUAAUGGCCUUUAGGAAGGUGGCAGGCAGGAGAACUAUCAUUUCUGAGUCAUUCUGGAUUGUGCAAUUGUACCGCCACCUUCUGGACAUGGAAUGCUAAGGCUUGGAAAGCAGCAAGAUGCUUGUUACAGAAGAUGGUUUGAGACUGUUAAUUUGUCAUUGAGCAUAUAAUGUUUUCUUGUCUAAACAACUAAUAAGUUUAAGAAUCAGUAGGAAGCACACUUAUUGUAUAAAAUGAGGGGAUUUGGGGUUGCUUUAUUUGUGAAUCAACAACCAGCAGUCAUUUAGAAAUGUAUUCUCUUCAUUAACUUAUGAUGCAGAAAGGCUACUAAUAACUUGAAAGCAGCAUCAAAAAAAAGAGAAAAAAGUCCUCAAUUAAAAAUCUGAGAUCAUCUUUCCAAUGAUCUCAGUCAAGAAGCCACUUUGCUGCAUUGCGUAGUGUUUUUGACAGUGUAAAUAGAUUAUGUUAACACUCUCCUGCUAAAUGAACAGUAGCCACAUCUACCAAGAUCCAGGCUAUGAUUUGGCUUCCACAAGGUGCCAAUCAUUUGUUUUCUUUCCCCCUCCCUCAAUCUCUUUAUUUUGAAGGUGAUGGUGCAUCUCUAACCUGAGCUGCUUCAGCAUGCAAAGGCAGGAUGAUCUGGGAAUUGAUUUCCUUUUAUGGUUUCACAUUGAUCUGGAGCAAUGGGAAAAAGCUACAAGAUCCAAUUUUCCUUUCUGUCAAAACAGCUCCUCUUUCAGCUAGCAAUCCAGCUCAGGAGCUGAUUAGAUGUAACCUAACUGAGUCACUGCAGGUCCUAUUUUGCUAACAGUUCAUUGGGUAAUGAAGUCAGGCUCAAAGGUAACCAUUGAAUUGAAGGUGUUUUAUAAUCAUCACUGGGUUAUAACACCAAUUUCAUUCCAUGCAGUUCUAUGUUUGAGAAAGGACAACUGGACAGUGGUGAAGAUUUUUACUUUCUCAGUUAAGCUAAGUUGCCAUAGGAAGUAGCUGAGCAAGAGUUUUGAUUCAUGUUUAUAAUGUGCAAAUUUUGAGCCUUUAGUUGACUGGUUCUUGGGAGUUAGUUGCCAAGUGAAAAUAGAUCACAUUUCAGGAGUUAAAACUGGCUGAAAUCUAUAUGCCUAUCACAAGUAAUUUAACAUGAUUAAUACAUCUCAUUUCUCCAACCCUUCAUGAAGAGGUUUUCCAUUCCAUUUCUACUGAUUUAUUUGUACAAUAUUCUCAUUCAUAGCUGGAUGUCUAGUUUAUUUGAGUUUUGUUGGAAUGAAUGGCGUGCUAGCUUUAUUUCGGGAGUCUCACAUGAGAACAUUGAAUUAUCUUUGGGUCUUUUCAAAUAGAGUUGGACAAUCUGCUGAUUUUUCUUUGUCAUUCCAAAGCUUUCUGCAAGCACUCCAGUUAACGUGCACCAUGUACUCAGUAUAGUCGCAUAGUUCUUGAAAUUUUAUAAUACUGUUCACUUUCAUUUUAAUGAAGCCGUGAUAUCUGGACUGGCUUAACAAGCUCCUUUCCAAUGUGGAUGAGUUCUUCCUAAAGCUGCCGCAGGUAAGGAAAGGAGGGGGGGAAAUCAGUAUAGAAGUUGCUGUAUGCUCACCUGUCUUCCCCUUUGCAGACACACACUGGGCAGGAUCAGAUUAAAUUUGCUCUGCUGAAACUUUGCACUUUUCAAACUUUGCACUUUCUUUUUCCCAGUUCCCUCCACUUGUCUGCAGGAGAAACACACAUUUCAACCAUUAUCUGCUAAUGUAAAGCAGGCAACUAGAGACUCAGCCAUGACCUGCCUUAAAAAUAUCUUUUGGUUUAAUGGUCAUCCACUGAAAGUAUUAGUCUGGUGAUGCCACCUGGAAAGUUAAAUGUUUAAAAUGAUCCCCUGAAGCCCUGUGCUACAUGACUUAUUUUCUUGUUGUUUGGUUCUGUUAGUGAGUUAGCUUCACAUUGAGUCUGAAUUUGAUUUAAUCUUUCAAUGAUUGGAUUUCAAAAAAAAACUUGCACCAGUCCUCUAAACAAUAAUAGCACUGUUCUAGAUUGUCCCACAAUGAAAUCCUUUAGUUUAAUAUUUGUGCACUUGCCCCACAUUAAUGUGUAGUUGCUCUGUGAAAUGCCUACUGUGUAAAAUACAACUCUGUACUUUUCUGUUCCUACUGCAAAUCAAAGUGUUGAUUGGAAACAAGGUAAUCAUCAUUUCAUCGAUUUUAACACAUUGCAAUGGAAUGCGCUCACUGCCAAAUUUUACCUGGAAAUGUGUAAUUACUUUACAGUAUCAUACACAUUCUUAAGAGCUUUUGUUAAUGUUCAGCAAUUGAUCAAUCAUUAAACAGCUAUGUGAUACAUCACUGGGAACAAUUCUAAACUUAUCAGGUUUCAAUUUUUCUAGCUUGAUGGGUUUGUUUUUGUAAAAUGUUUGCUCAUUGAAGAUGACAACUAUUUUUGCAAAGAAAAAUAGAAAAGGUGCUUUGGAGUUAUCACAGCUUUAUCAGAGCACUAGAAUUAAUCAAAGAACCUGAUUUUUGUUACUAGCCCUUAAAGGGGCCUCACACUGUCCAGCUUUUAAUUUCUUUAAAACGCAUGCUUGCAAAGAGAUAAAUACAUUCUAACAAGACAAUAUUUGGCUUAUAUAAAUUAAUUUAAAAUUUAAUUUUUAUUUUCUUCAGUAUAAAUGCCUAUUUACAAAGCAGAAGUGGAACAUGGUCGAAUAGCUGAAGCCAAAUUGUAUGUGUACAUUUCCAGACUGUUUACAGGCCAACAGGUCAGUUUGAGUUUUGGGGUGGGGGGAAGAAAAUGACCUGCAUUUUGCCACAUUACUGUGCUCCAAAGUUGAGAUUUAAUUCCAAAAUCUCUCAGGGUACAUUUACAAACUCACUUCCACAAUCCUAAAUCUAUGCUGCAUUAAGUCUUUCAAACAUUCUUUUACUCCUAAAUCGUUAAUUCAUUGUGGGCCAUUAGUUUCCUUUACAAGAACCCAGUCUCUCUUUACUGGAAACUUUCUGGGACCUUGUCACAUGUGCUCCAUACAGUGUAGGACACCUGCUUUGGCAGUGGAAGUUCUUAUGAGUUGUGAAAAAUUCCUAAAUUAUCAGCACCAUAAGUGCCAGUAGGGAACAAUGAUUCUUCACAAUGAAAGAACACUCAGUAUUCGUUAGCUCUCUAGAUUUUGAAUCUUUGUACUAAUUAAUGAGGCUUCCUACUUUCCUGCUGUAACCAGGGAUAUGGGAAGGGUUCUAUAGGUGUAUAUUACAAUGUAAAUGUUGAAAAUUGUUUGAUAUUCUUUGUUUCACUUUCUGCACUGGCCAAGAAUUGCAAUUGCAGUUUUAACCUUGAAUUAAACUUCCCAGACUGGGUUGAGUGAGCUGGUAAAUGAAUCAACAGCCAAAUUGCAAACUAAACGGACAGCCCUGGAGGGUGUACCUGAGCAGCAGCGUGAGCUGUAUGCCAUUGUUUUAAUAAGGCAAUGGGAGAUAGUGUAAUUCAUGAAGCCAAACCAAAGGAAUUGUAUAUUUUAAACAAGAGGUUUUCUUGAACACCACAAUCACAAAUGUUCAGGGCCCUUUGAACUGCAAGUCACAAGCUCCUGUUGAUUGGAUCACAAAGUAUGUUCAUAUUUGUUACAUAAAUAAUCAACUUGAAUAAGCUUAAUGUUUGUUCCUUUUGUAGAUAACCAUGCUAUUAUAAUGAUGAUUUGGUUCAAAUGGAGACAUUGUAGCCCAGCUCCCUCAUUCCCUUAUUCUGAAAUAUGUAUCUGUACUGCCAAUUUUAUGAAUCUUAACUGCAGUGUGAAUGCAAAGGAAUAAGGACGUACUGCACACUGACACUGCAUUUUAAUUGCAGCCUAGUUGGUCAUUAACAUGGGCUAUGGCCUUAAUAAUUGAACUUAAUCACUUAAGGGUAUAAAGUAUGAUUUUCAAAGUUUUUUAGGAAAAUAUUACUAGUGCAAUGACAUAUCUAUAUAUAUAUUUCUUUACUGUUAAUAAAUUAGUGAAUGAAUUUUCAA